AUGGUCCUCUUUAUUUAUAUAUUUUUAUAUUUUUUAACUCUAAAUUUGUUAGAAGGAUAUUAUAGAAAAAACCUUGUGUUAGUACAAACAGUUUUUAGGCAUGGUGAAAGAGCUCCAUUAAAAACUUAUCCAAAUGAUCCAUAUAAAAAUCAUGAAUGGGGUGUUCCAUUAGGAACUUUAACAAAAGCUGGUGUUCAACAACUUGUAAGAUUAGGUAAAAAUUUAAGAAGAAGAUAUAUUUAUAAGUACAAACUUAUUAGUAGAAGCUACAAAGCAAAAGAGAUACAAAUACGAAGUACACAAAAAAAUAGAACUAUCGAAAGUGCUUAUGCUUUUUUGAAAGGUUUCUACAAUACUAAACAUGCCAGAGAAUUACCAAUUUCAACUGAUUUCUUUGGUAUUGAUAUACCAUAUAUGGGUGGUGUAACAUGUAAAAAUUAUGAUAUAAUGAUUAAAAGUAUAAAAGCAUCAUAUGAAGAUACAUUUUAUUCUAAAAAUAAACAAUUUAUAGAUGUUUUGUCAAAAAAAACGGGUAUUAAAAAUAUGAAAAUGGAUAAUGUUACUUUGGUGUAUGAUACAAUAUACAUUCAAAAUAAACUUAAUUUACCAAAACCAAAAUGGUUAUCAAAAAAAGAAUUUGGAUUGUUAAAAUAUUUAACAUAUCAAGUAUACAGACUCCAAGAUGGAGCACGUUGCUUUAAUUUACCUGAAAAUUUAAAUUUAAUGAAAAUUAAUGAGGGACCACUUUUAAAAACAAUGUUAAAUAAUUUUGAAAUAAAAAAAAAUCGUUUUAAAAGAAAUAAGAAAACUUUAAAUAAAAAAUAUCCUUAUACAAAAUUUAAAGAUUCAAUGAAAUAUGUUGCUAUUGCAGCUCAUGACUAUACACUUGCAAAUCUUUUUGUAAUUAUAUUUAAAGAAGAAUUUAUAAGAAGUAAAAAAUUACAUUUUCAAUUUACAGCAUCACUAAUCAUGGAGUUAUAUUUAAAUCAAAACUAUCAAUAUGAAAUAAAGAUUCUUCUUAGUGCAAAAGAAGGAAGAAGAUUAGUUGACUUAACACAUAAAGCUAUAGGAUGUAAUAAUUCAAAACGAUGUUUAUUUAAUGAUUUUAAAAAUGCUAUGAAAAAUAGAGUUCCAAAAGAUAUAAAACAAGAAUGUUUUUCAUCUUAA